CAUGCGUGCGGGGCUUUAAAGCAUUAAAUCUGAGUUAGAUCGGAAACGGACUCUUCCGAGUGGGCUUGCCUCAUUUUCAGCUGAGAAAAUUUUGAUUUUGUUUGUUGCAUUCUUGUAAAGGGAAAAAGUAAUUUUUUUCAGAGUCUCAGUGCGCCCAUCCAUUUCCGGAGCUGCACCGACACUCUUCCCACUGGUCUGUUAUCCUGCUGACUCGCAGCUUCAGCUGACCCGUCUCGUCACGUCACGUCAAGAUCCGGAGAUAAACUUCUGUUUGCCAACAAGUUCUGAUGUGGCAAGCAAACUGCAGACGGAUGCAUAACAUAGCAGACUGGGUUUCAGGGACAGUGAUGGGAGGAUGCGUGGGGAGGAGCAGGAUGGAUGGACAAGGGAGUGCCCAUGGCUCCACAAGGACUAAAAAACGUGGAGCACGCAAUGAGCCUCUCAAGAAAGACCGUCCUAAAUGGAAGAGCGAGUACCCGAUGACAGAGGGCCAGUUGAGGAGCAAGAGAGACGAGUUUUGGGAUACAGCUCCCGCCUUCGACGGACGAAAAGAGAUCUGGGAUGCACUGAGAGCAGCAGCCCUGGCUCUGGAGUGCAACGACCUGGAGCUGGCCCAGGCUAUAGUGGAUGGAGCCUGCAUAACUCUGCCACACGGAUCUCUUACGGAGAGCUAUGAUGAACUGGGAAACCGCUACCAGCUCCCAGCGUACACUUUAGCGCCACCUAUCAACCUGAUCACUGAGACGUCUUGCGACAGCAAACUGUCUGAAAGUGCACAAAAACAAGCUCAACCUCCACCGUCUCGAGAGGAGUUCCAGCUGCGGGUGCGAUUAUCAACAGGGAAGGAUGUCCGUCUGACAGCCAGCCUGGCGGACUCCAUCGCCCUGCUGAAGAAACAGUUGGAAAAACAGGAGGACAUCGAGGUCAUCCGCCAGCGGUGGUUCUUCUCUGGGAAGCUUCUGACGGACAAGACUCGCCUCCAAGAUGCCAAGAUCCAAAAGGACUAUGUCGUCCAAGUGAUCGUCAACAUAAAUCCUUCGGUCAUACCCAACUGAGGGAUGAAGAUCAGAAAAGGAUGUGCCAGAUAAGGCUGCAGAAACAGGAGCAGGUUUCCAGCAGGGAACUUUUAUGUACAUUUUAUAUAAUAAAUUAUUGCUUUUAUAUUGUUCCUUUUUCUAUUUUUCCCUUUUUUCCAAUUAAAAAGAUAUUACUGAAAAGCACUGAAACACUUUAGUGAUAAUAGCGUCCUAAGAUGCACCUCCCAGUGUCUGUCUGUUUCUGAAGAUCUUGACUUGCAGCUCUAUUGUUUACAUGGGUUCCUCUCCUUGUCUUGUUUGUUUGUACUUAUGCUUGUUGAUGAAUUAAAUGCAGCUCACCUAAGGAAAACAAAUAAGGAAAAUCUACUCUUUUUUUCUCUUAUGACAAAUAGAUGAGUAUCUCUAAUUGUAAACAUUUGGUACAUUUUUAUGUCCAUUUCACUGUGGGAACAGUACAUUUUGACUAGACACUGAAUAUAAUAAAGGAACCUUUUAUAAGGUAGAAAGAGAUGAACACAUUUGUUUUUAGUUCAUCGUUUCAUACAGUUGUACAAACAUGCAAUAGCUUUCUGUCUAAGAUUAUGCACACUGUAAUGUCAUUUAAUAAAUGUUAUAAAUUUAAA